AUGGACACCGCGUGCUGCUUCGGGUGGAGACAACCGCAGCAGCAGCAGCAGCAGCAGCAGCAGCGACUUGCUGCGGCAGCAGCAGCAGCAGCAGCACGUGGUGCGAAAGCCACAGAACAUCCAACAGCAGCCAACCCAGCAGCAGCUGCUGCUGCGACUGCAUUUGCAGCAGCAGAUGCUGCUCUCAGCAUCCAGCAGCGUGAGCAGCAGCAAAGCCGUUGGAGAGCUGCUGCUGCUGCUCCUGCUGCUGCUGCUGCUGCUCCUGCUGCUGCUGCUGCUCAGCAGCAGCAGCAGCAGCAGCAGCAGCAGCAGACGUCAGCAUUCUUCUCCUUUAUUGAAAAUCCCCAGAGCUUAUCUGCCUUGAGGUUCCCUGCAGCAACAGCAGCUGCUGCUGCAGCAGAUGCAGCAGCAGCAACUGCUGCAGCACACGCAUCAGCAGCAGCAGCACCUGCUGCAGCACCACCAGAACCAACAGCCAAUGUAGCAAGGACACCAGCAGCAGCAGCAGCAGCAGCAGCAGCAGCACCAAAUGCAGUAGCCCCAGCAGAAACACAAUUUACAGCAGCACACCUGGCUGCUGCUGCUCCUGCUGCUGCUGCACCGCCAGCAGCAGUACCGACAGCAGCAGCAGCAGCAGCAGCAGCAGCAGACAGCGUUAUAGUAAGAGGUGCAGCAAAAGCAGUAGUAUGGAAUGAAGGGCACCAAACGGUAGAAGCAGCAACAGCAGCAGAAGAGACAGCAGCAGCACCAGCAGCAGCAGCAGCACCAGCAGCUAAUUCGUGCUGCACUUGGGAGGAGGAGCUUCGGCUUGCCGCUGCUGCUGCCCCUGCAGAACCAACAGCAGCAGCAGCAGCAGCAGCAGCAGCAGAAGCAGCAGCACGAAGCCAGCCCCAGCAUCAACACUGCAGCUGCAUCUCAUCGCUGCAGCUGACGCAGCAGCAAACGUUAGAUACUGCAGCUGCGCCCGGUCAGGCACCUGCUGCUGCUGCUGCUGCUGCUGCUGCUGCUGUUGCUGCUGCUGCUGUCGGUCCCAGCAGCAAGUUGCUGCUGCAGGAGAGGGGCGCAGCUGCUCUGAAGGGGGCCGGCGGAGAGUCAGCUCGCGGUCUCUCCCUCCGACGUCUGCGGCAGCAGCAGCAGCAGCAGCAGCAGAAGCCGAGGCAGAAGCAGCAGCAGCAGCAGAAGAAGAAGCAGCAACAGCAUCUGCUGCAGCACCAAAACUUUUGUUCAGGUGCAGCAGCAGGAGCAGCUCAGCAGCAGCUGCUGCUGCAGCAAACGCUCGCAGCUAUUGCUGAAGAACGGGAGGCCCUGCUGCAGCAGCUGCCGCCAAAUCCGCAGCGGCGUAAAGGAGGAAAGACGCAGCUCAAAGGCAGCAGCAGCAGCAGCAGCAGCAACAGCAGCAGCAGCAGCAGCAGACAAGUCUUCUACGCAGCAGCAGCAACAGCAAAGCCUCCGGGAACCCACACCAUCAGCUGCAGAAGCCGCAGCAGCGAGAACUUGCUGCACAGUUUUGCUGCUGCUUCUGCUGCUGCUGCUGCUGCUGCUGCUCAGCCGUCCUUGCUGCAGCAGCAGCAGCACGCUAGUGGCAGUCAGCAGCAGCAGCAGCAGCAGCAGCAGCUGCAAGGCGCUCCACAAGAUGCUUGCUGCAGCAGCAGCAGCACUGACCGCAUCUGCUGCAGCAGCUUCACACGGCCAGCGACAUCUCUAUGUAAGGGGCACAAACCCAGGCGGGGUAGCCCCCAAGCAGCAGCAGCAGCAGCAGCAGCAGCAGCAGCAACAGCAGCAACGCCAGCAGCAGCUGCUGCUGCAGGCGGCGUUGCUGCUGGUUCUGCUUCGACAGCGUCUCCCCGUCUUCAUAUUAACCUGCAAGAAACGAAAAAGAAAGAGCAGAUGGCUGCAGCAGCAGCUGCUGCUGCUGCUGCUAAGGCAGCAGCGCAUGCUGCUGAUGCAGCAGCAGCAGCAGCAGCUUCAUCUGUCGUCAAGUCUGCUGCAGCAGCAGCAGCAAAAGGGAUACACGCAGCAGCACGUAUGCAUCCUCCUGCAGUUACGUUUGCUUCACCAUCUGUCGGCCCUGCUGCUGCAGCUGCUGCCGCACCUGCUGCUGCUGCUGCUGCUGCUGCUGCGCCUGCCGUUGCUGUUGCAUCUCCUCACGUUCUUGCUGCAUCUGCUGCUGCUGGUGCUGCUGCUGCUGCUGAGCCCCCCCAGCAGCAGCUUGCCCACAGCCAAGUCCAAGAAGCAUUUGCUGCGGGUACAGGAGGCAACAGCAGCAGCAGCAGCAGCCGCUGCUGUUGCUGCAGCAGCAGCAGCAGCAGCAGCAAAACUAAGAACCACAGCCCCCGUCACAUCAGCAGAGAUGCAGUGUUAAUAAGGGCCCUCCGACCCCCCACUAAGAGAGCCUGGUGUAUUGGCUGCAGCUGCUCAAACGAACAGCAGCAGCAGCAGCAGCAGCAGCACGUAUGCAUCCUCCUGCAGUUACGUUUGCUUCACCAUCUGUCGGCCCUGCUGCUGCAGCAGCAGCAGAAGCAGCGGAAGCAGCAGCAGCAGCAGCGGAGGCCCCUGAGCGCAUGCACCACAGGGCGGCGCAGCCCCUGCAGCAAGUCCCGCAGAAACCAGUCGGCUCCAGCUGCGCGGCUCAGCAGCAGCAGCAGCAGCAGCAGCAGCAAGAACAGCAGCAACAAGAGAAGCAGCAGCAGCAGCAGCAGCAGCAGCAAUGCGGUAUCUACAGCAGCAAACCAAGCAGAUGCUCCUUUGCUCCUUCUCGCAGGGAACGUGCUGGCUGAGUCGCAGCCAGCAGACUCUCUAACACCUGCUGCUGCUUCUGCUGCUGCUGCUGCUGCUGCUGCACCUCUGCAGUUCCCACCGCAGCAACAGCAACAGCAGCAGCAGCAGCAGCAGCAGCGGCAGCAGGCAGCAAACCCACCGACAACCUCUAGAUGUGCGCUGCAUGAGCAGCAGCAAAAACGAUAUGAUGAAAAGCUCUCACGAAUGAAACUCCAGCUGCAGCAGCAGCAGCAACAGCUGCUGCUGCUGCAGCAGCAGCAUCCGCAGCUGCAGCCUCCAUGGGAUAACAGCACUGCCCCUGCAUCCACAACAGCAGCAGCUGCUGCUGCUGCAGCAGCAGCAGCUGCUGCUGCUGCAGAACCCCAGGUGUCUUCGCAGCUCCGCCCACCAACGAAGCUGCCAGCUGCAGCAGUUGAGGCAAUCUCUGCGAGGCUGCACGGGAGAGCCAAGCAAAUGACUGAGAUGCGUCUGCUGCGGCAGCAGCUGCAGCAGCAGCAAGAGUUGCUGCAGCAACAGCAGCAGCAGCGCGACACCUUCGCCAGAGUUGCUGGCUGGUCAAGCAGCAGCAGCAGCAGCAGCAGCAGCAGCAGCAGCAGCAACAGCAGCAGAACUCGCAAGAAGACGCAGCAAACCAGUAGGAGGGUGCAGCCGCAGCACGAACGGGAGGUGUUGCAGAAGCUGCAGCACGACAAACUGCAGCAGCAGCAGCAGCAGCAGCAGCAGCAGCAACAACAAAAGCAGCAGCACAAAAAGAUGGAGCAGCAGCAGAUGCAGCAGCUGCAGCAAACGUCUAUUCAAGAGCAGUCAGAGGCUGCUGCUGCAGUUCUUCCUGGCAGCAGCGAAGCCGAGAUAGAGAAGCAGCAGCAGCAGCAGCACGAGCAGCAACAGCAGCAGCAGCAAGAGCAAGAACACCAGCAGCAGCAGCAGCAGCAGCAGCAGCAACAGCAGCAGCAGCAUAUUUUAAAUGAGCCGCACCUUCCAGCUGCAGUAGAGGCAAUAGGGGAGCCCUGCGUUGCUGCUUCUUCGUCUUCACAGCAGCAGCAGCAGCAGCAGCAACAGCAGCAGCAGCAGCAGCAGCAGCAUCAAUAUGUAUUUCGACAUUACGAGCAUCACCAUCACCACGUGCAUCGGCAGCAGCAGCGGCUGCAGCAGCAGCUGAUCCAGCAGCAGCAGCAAGAGCUCUUUCAGCUGCGAUGCAGCAGCUGCUAA